GAGAACUCAUCCAUCACGAUUUGAUUGCACCGAGGUUCAGAAGAGAAGACCAUGCCUUUUUGCAAUUUUCCUUUCACUGCUGAUAAGACUGUGAAGAACAGGGCGUUGAUAGUGUCUGUGGAGAGCUUCAACCCAGGUGAAGAUCUGAUCAAGAGAAACGGCGUGAAGAAAGACACUCAAAGACUUCACAAAACCCUCAGCAAGCUCGGCUUCUCUGUGGACAUCAGAAUAGACAUCGAUGCAGAUGAUAUCUAUGAAGCCUUCAAAGCAUCGAGCAAGAAGACGGUCAAAGACUGUUUUGUGGGCGUCAUAUCCAGUCACGGUGAGGAGGGUGUUGUGUUCGGUGCUGACGGACGUGCUGUGAAACUGGCUGAGAUCUACAGCUACUUUGGAGGUCCGUCAAUGGCAGACAAGAGCAAGCUUUUCUUGAUUCAGGCUUGUCGAGGGCAUGGGUUGGAUGAAGGUGUGGCGGCCGACUCUUCAUUCUCAGAGGAAGAGGACGUGUCUGAGCUGUUUUCCAUCCCUAUUGACACAGCAGUCAUGUACGCCACAUCUCCAGGUUACGGUGCAUUCAUGCAUCCUCUGGGCUCAGAGUUGAUUCAAAUCUUUUGUAAGUUGCUAGAAGAGGAAGGAGGUCCAGAUCUGGAGAUCACAAGACUCCUGACUCGGAUAAACUUCCAGGUGGCCUACAACUUUGAAUCCAGAGGGAAAGUGUUGGGCGGCAAGAAACAGAUGCCCUGCUUUGUGACCCGCUUUACCAGAGAGGUUUUCCCGUUCAGAAAGAUGGCAGCAGCAGAAGAUUUGAGCUUGAGCUUUGCAGCCACACAGCUUAUCGAUGAACCCAGUCGACCACGGAAGAGCUCCAUCAGCUGAACAGAGACUGACUGGAAGAACACGUGGAGAAACGGAUUCAUCACGUUAUCUCAUUUGAUGAGGUAACAAAGAAUCACGUAAAGUCGCACGGGAAUAGGAAGUGAGGUGUUUCGAAACAUGCAGAAUGUGGUUGGUUUUAUAGUGCUGUGUUUGCUACUUCCUUUUAUAUGUUUUCCUAAAGUAAAACAAUCAUUUUCUGUUUCAUUUCAAAGAGUAUUGAGGAAAAAAAGAAAUAUAUCUAAAUCUUUGAA